AUGAAAGCCUUGACCUUGAUACCAAAGGAUCACUCCGUUUUUGUACAAGAUAUUCCGACUCCGCAGCCAGGUCCAAGAGAAACCCUCGUCCGUGUGAGAGCAGUUGCGCUUAAUCAUGUGGACGCCCUCUACACAUACAAUCCAAUUGCGGCGCAGGAGUAUCGUGUGAUCGGUAGCGACUUCGCUGGAGAGGUCGCCAGUAUUGGCAAAGACAUCCAAAACAUCGAUGACCCUCGCCUCAAGGUCGGAGCUCAUGUAGCCGGAUUCGUUCAAGGCGCGUGUUCGGUUAACUGCCGCCCAGGAGCCUUGGCUGAAUAUCUCGUCAUCGAUCAUGACCUCACAUGGAAUAUUCCCAGCGAAAUGCCAUCCCAAGAGGCAGUCACUAUCAGUCUGUGUGGACUUACAGCCGCUCAGGGUGUCUUUCGCCGACUUGAACUCCCGGGGCCAUUUACCGAAUCCCAGAAUUUCAACCACCUCAAACUCGCCGACGGGGAGCCCGUGAACGUGUUCGUCUACGGUGCAACAACAUCACUAGGCCUAUUUGCCGCACAGCUCGUGCGCCUGGCUGAGAGAACUUCGGGGACGAGGAUCCGUCUCAUCGGUGCCGCCAGCAGGGCAAAGCAUGACAUGCUGCGCCAAGCACCUUACUCAUACGACGAGUUAGUACUUCAGGUCUGUGGUGCAACUGGCGGGGUCCACUACGGCGUAGACACGGUCUCGCAGUCUCCGUCCGUCGAACGUGUGCAUGAUACGUUGGUCGCCGAGGGGAAGUUGGCAGUGUUCCGGGCACCCGCUCUCGCAGGGUUCGAUCCAUUGAAGCUCAGGAUCAAGCCGGUCACCGGUGCGGUCUGGGAGGGUCUUGGUGUAGAGAUCCAAUAUCAAGGCGUCACAUUCCCAGCCAAUCCUGAAGCCCGUGAGUUUGCAACACGGUUUUACGACUAUCUCGGAUCCGAAGCCUCUUUGGGAAAAGUCAAGUUGCAGGCAAACCCGGUGCGUCUGAUGCCAGGAGGACUUGAGAACAUCGGGGCGGAAGGCAUCCCACUCUUUGGAUCGAAGCAAGUCAACGACCCGUCGAAAGACCACAUGCGCCCCAUCAGUGGAGAGAAGAUUGUCUAUAAUACUGUUUCUUAG